AUGAAAUCUUCUCUUUAUCCUCCCGUAUCUUUACCGAAUCUAUUGCUGGCCAUUGUGCUCGUGGUAACGUCCUUCGUCCUCCUCUCGGCGACGAUUCACCGGUCUUCCUACCUCCCUUCCGUUCCCUCUGUCGAGCCGCCCCCAGAGCGAGCAUGGCCGAUGGUAUGGGCCUCCUACAGCAAUGAACCCCCCGAACCAAAGUACUUCCAGGAAGCUGGCAACACCCUAGAAAUGUCCCACUACGACAUCCGCUUCUUCCAGGGCGUGAUUCCGUAUUCUCAACAUCGUGAGGUCCUCCAGCACCUCAUCCGAUCAUACCUCUCCAUCAUGGCCUCCCUCAAGAUGGAGACCUGGAUCGCACAUGGCACAUUGCUUGGGUGGUGGUGGAAUGGCCGGAUCAUGCCCUGGGACUAUGACCUCGACGUCCAGGUCAGCCUCCACACGAUGGAGCACAUGGCCAAGCAGUUCAACCAGACGCUGCAUGAGUGGAGGUACACCACCGAUGAGGGAGGGGAGGGUGUGCAUGAAAUCAAGAAGACGUAUCUGUUGGACGUGAACCCAAACUACUCGGAAAUGAAGAGGAGACAGGGAAUGAACGUGAUUGAUGCCAGAUGGGUUGAUGUUGACACGGGCAUGUUUGUGGAUAUCACUGCGCUAGCCGAGAGAAAUCCAGUGUUGGAACCGGGGAUUUGGAGCUGCAAGAACUUCCAUCAGUAUAGGACGCAUAAUAUCUGGCCGCUGAAGGAGACAAGGUUUGAGGGGGUUAAGGCAAAGGUGCCUCUUGAUCACGAGAGAAUUUUGGUGGCGGAGUAUGGGGAGAAGAGCUUGGUGUUGACCGAGUGGGAAGGGUAA